CCACAUGACCCAUGGGCUGCUCUUUUAAGCCCUGGAGACAGAUCCAGCAGACAUAUAGGAGUCAUCCACAACACUUGACCACACACUGCAGCCUGGACUUCACACGCAGCCUCAGGAUGGACCUGAAAUUCCUCGUCUUCACUUGGGCUCUCAUUGUGGGGCUCACCGUCAGCAUCUCUCUGGCAGACCGCACGGCUCAAUGCAAAAUCAAAUGGUUGUUUGGGAUCUCAUGUGGAGAUGUGAGUGAAAAGCUGGUGAACCAGAUCCAGGCCUGGCAGAUCAGCCAGAGCUGUGCUCAUGAAGGAGAGAAGUGCUCCUAUGAGCUUGUGUCUUCAGCUCCUUAUCUGAUCAAAGCAGCACAUACGUCUCCGAGGACCAAGAACGUGAACAACCUUCAGUUUCUUUUCGAGCAGUCCACCAUUUGCAGAGUGACUGGGGAUUCAGUGUCCGAGUUGUCCACAGAUCCAGCGGACAACAGCACGAACUUCUGCAGCCUGCAGAACCUCAUGGAUGGAAGUAGCCUGAUUGACACUGAGGGGUACAAACAGUUCAGCAACAAGUGGAUCUGUCCUGGGUUUGAUUCUGCCAACUGCAGCUUGUCAUAAGCGGAGAGGAGAGGAGAUCAGGAUUACACGCUAGAGGAGUUUUUAUAAAGUCUUCGUUCCUGUUCAUCAUCAUCAUUUCUGUUAUGUAAAAAAAACAAAACAAAAAAAAAACAGUAACUUUGUAUUCAGAUAAAAACAUGAUGGACUUUUGUGACUUUUGUCAGACCACAGUAUUUCUGGUGAACAAAAUUAUCAUCAAACAAACCAAAAUGUCUAAAGUUGUACAAGAUACGAGUUAAUGAGUAUUUUAAAAGGUUUUUGUUAGCUGAACACUGAAAAAUUACACACAGUUGUACAUUAAUUUAUGCAUGUCUCAUUUUAGUUUACUCCAAUCUGACAGAUGUGUGUACAUAAUGUACUUACAUAUGCAUACACAUAUACAUACACACACACAUAUAUACAAAAUAUAAUGCACAUAUGAUACAUACACAUGCAACCAUCACACACCGCGCCCAUAAUACAUAUUUGCUGAACCUGCUGAUCCAGGGUGGAAGGAGGUAAAAAAAAGAACAAAAACGGACAAAUCACUCACGAGGUCUAGAGGUCUGUUAUAUGUGUUAUUAAUUUCCAUCUUUUCUCAAACGUUCCUAGUUUCAGCUGUAGUUUGUUCCAUAAUAAAAACCAUUUCAUGAUACUGGGAGGGUUGUGGUUUCAGCCAAGAGAUGAUAAUAUUUUUCUUUGCUAUCAUGUGUAGGAUGACACUAAAUAUGUAAAGUUUCUGCAGCUGCAACUUUAUUUCUAAUGUACUUUAAAAAUAACAAAGUUAAACA